AAUAAUUUCAAAUGUCAAUCUUUGUUGUGGUUUAUAAAUGAGGUUAUAAUUUUUAGAAUGUAAAUAUUGAUACUAGAAUGUUAAGUAAUGUAUUUAUUCUGGUUUUAAUUCUACAAAUUUUGAAAACAAAUACAGAAGAACCUUUCGAUCCACGAGGACCAUUAGUUAAUUGUAGUUUUCUUCCAUUUGAAUUCAUAGAAUGUCAAGAACCAAUCGAUCACAAAGGAAAUAUAACGGCCCAAAAGGAAUUACAGUACGGUUGCGUAAAAUUUGGAGGAAUGAAAUAUCACGACGUAGAAAGGACUAAAGUCGUGUGCAACGUUUUACCUAAUAUAGAGUGUUAUGGAAACAGAACUUUUUUCAGAGAAGGUGUACCCUGCAUAAAGUAUUCGAAUCAAUACUUCACCACUACUUUAUUGUAUAGUAUUUUGUUAGGAUUCUUAGGAAUGGACAGGUUUUGUUUGGGACAAACGGGAACAGCUGUGGGAAAGUUAUUAACAAUUGGGGGAUUGGGGAUUUGGUGGAUUGUUGAUAUUGUAUUACUUGUUAUGAAUUACCUAACUCCUGAAGAUAACAGCAGCUGGAAUCCUUAUGUUUAAAAUAAAAAAUUUAUUAGUU